CCCCCACACGCCUCCGGCAGCAGAUAUUUUUCACGCCGUGGAAAUGACGGGUUGUCUCGCGGUCCGCAAUUUUCUUAACGAGGCCCGUCGAUUUAAUUUAGAUGGAUCGGGGGCGAUAAAAAAGCGCGAUUCCAAUUACCCGAUUCGUGGGAAAACUAGCAGCGGCGAGGAAAAAUUGAGCGGUGACGCGCCCCUGAGAACUUAUUCCGUCGACAGUGGCCUGCCAUGCGAGUCCUCGUCAUAGUUCUGCUAGUCCUCGGAGGAGGAGCCGCGUCGAAGAAGCUCCUCGAGGCGGUGAACGUAUUCGUUUGGAACGCGUCCUCGGAGAACUUCCUCACGCGGAAAAACGUGCCCAUUUGGUACAUGCCCGAAUGCAAAUCCAAAAUCGAAACGGAACGUAUUAGGGUCGGCGUCCAUAGGAUGCUGCCGUACGCGUCGCUGGGAGAGGGUGACCAGAUAGGCGGAUUCUUGGGCGAUUUGUGGGAAAUUAUGCACCACUCUUUGGGGUUCAAUUACACUGCGAGAGCGAUCGACUACGAUGACGGCCUCGCAGAGAUCGAGAACGACGAAGUGGAUGUAUUUCUGACCGCCGCCGUUUACAAGGAAGGUCUCGACGUGCACUACCCUCAGCCGUACUUCUUAAACUGGUACCACCUCUACACGAAAUGUCCACAAGGCAAACCCUCCUCGAUGUCGUACCUGACGGUAUUCUGCCCGAAAUUGUGGUUCGCCACCGUCUACAACUUCCUGGCCAUGGGGUCGAUACUAUGGCUAAUGUGCGAGUGUUUGAAAAAAGUGCGCCUCCAAAGCAGGACCGUUUCGCCGCCGUCCUGCUUCCUGGCGACGAUCUCCGGUUUCCUGGGACAAUGUUACGAGGUGCCGGUGAGCGCGCAUUCGGCUCGUCUUCUCCUAUUCACGUCCGCGCUAGUCGGCUAUAUCAUCUACGUAGCCAUAAACGCCACCCUGGUGGCCCGGCUGGCCGUGUUGGAUGUCGAGUGGCCGUUCAAGGAUAUCGAGGAAAUUGCCGCGAAGAAAACGCACCAUCUCUGCGUGCGCAACAACAGUUUCGUGUACAACAAUUUCACGGACCCCGACCAAAACCUACUGCCCAAAUGGCAGGGAAUAGUCAACGGUCCGCGUUGCCUGGACAUCGGCAACAAAAACAACAUAGUUAAGGUCAUCUGCGACGACGACGUCGUCGUCCUCGAGAGCGUCGUCAUGAUGGCGGCGGUGCUGCGCAAAGAGUUACCCUGCUGCGUGUCACACCUGCCAACUAGGUACUUCAAAUCUGGGAACUACUUCGUAAUGAGUAACUCGUUCCAGGGCAAGUUCGUCAUAAACAGAGAGUUGACAGCUCUCCGGUCCAGUGGCGUGCUCGAGAUACUCCUCAACAAAUGGGUGAGGGUUUUCAAAGAGACCAAGACGGCGCUUUCGUACCAGGCGACCCUCGACCACGUGUCGGGGUUGCUGAUCACGUACGCGAUUUUGAUCGGGACCAGCCUGAUCGUUCUCGGACUCGAGAUACUCUGUCGUAGGUGGGGAGCGCGGUCGCGGGGGGUGGGGGGAGAGGGAUGGAGGCGGGAGGUUUAUGUCGGCAGAUAA